AUGGAGAACUCGAUCACGACUGAUCUCAUCGUCGAGAUAGUCUCGAGAUUGCCAGCAAAAUCAGCAGCCAGGUGUCGCUGCGUGUCGAAGCUAUGGAGAUCCAUCCUCCGGCGUCAAGAUUUCACCGACUUGUUUCUGACCAGGUCCAAAGCUCGUCCACGGCUCUUACUUGCGGUACAACAACUACAAGACGGUGAGUGGAGCUUUUACUCAACGCCUCAGCCUCAGAAUCCAUAUGAGAAGUCUUCUCUUGUAGUAUCCGCCGCUGAUUUUCAUAUCAAGUUCUCUAAAGGGAGAAGCGGAUACAACUGUAGCUAUACAUCUGGAUUGAUCUAUUUUCAUAAUAUCUGCAUCCCAAAGGACGAUGAUGAAGAUGCAAAGCGUGUGAUAUCUAACCCUGUUGCAUUGUAG